CCGCCAUCUGCUGCAUCCAUCUAUGCUCUCCCUCCUUAUGUGUAUAUGUAUAUGUACCGUCCUGUAUCUUUCACUCUCCUUGUCGCAUCGUGAUCGCGUCGCAUCUACAUACGUCGUGUACCUCUCAAGCCGACCGCCAGUCACUCCUUGAUCUCAACAUCACCAUCACUCCUUGAGCUAUUGGAUCUCUACCCUUUUCUCAGUGCUCCUGGACCACUCUUCUGCAGGACCAUAGAUAUCGCUCAACCGCUGUCGAAUCAACGGCCACCCGAUUACCAUCAACAUGUCGGAGAAGUCUAUCCAACCAAAGGUCAACGGCCUGUUGGCCAACACUGAUCGCGUCAUUCUGCGACUGAACAAACUCAUAGCGAGCCCAGGCGGCCUCAGCACCUUCCUCUCCACCGUCAAUUACACCCUCUACUUGCUCACCUACCUUGAGGCCAAGUCCGGCCCAUUCAAAGCGCGCCUCGACGCCCUCCUCCAACGCAAUGCCGCCACCGCCGGCAAGACCGUCGCCAUCCCCACCGGUCCCUCCAACAUCGCCGCCCUAGGAAGCUCCAUCUCCCAGACCCGUACCCUCCUCCGCUGCCUCGGCCUCUUCCCGAUGUACGCCUGGGCGCGCAGCCUGUCCGGCGGCGCCAAGGGCUCCGACGCCGUCCUGCACCAAAUCGCCGUGGUGCAAUGCGCCUUCUACACCAUCUACCAAUUCCUCGAGAGCGCCGCUUUCCUCACCGACGUGAAAGUCGUCCCCGCGACCUGGUCCUCCCGCUGGACCGCCAGCUCCGGCGGCACCACGGCCGUCAUCUACAAGUGGAGCUACCGCAUGUGGAUGUUCGGCAUCGCCUGCGAUUUCGUGCGCAUGGCCCGCGAGGCCCAGCUCACCCGCGAGAAGCGCGCGCGAUACACGUACAAGGAGAAGGACGACCGCAGCGUGGCGGUCGCGGACCAGGCGGCGGAUGAGAAGUUCUACACCGAUCUUGUGGUCCCGCUCGCGUGGUUCCCCAUGGCGUUCCACUACUCUGAGUGGAACGGCGCGGGUGUGCCUGGGUGGAAUUUGGGUUGGAUGGGAUUCUCGGGUCUCGUGGCGAGUUAUACUAAGGCGAAGAAUCAGUGGGCGGCUACUGCGUAGGUUGAGGGAGAGAUGUCAGUUGAGGAGGAAGAGCAGGAGGAGGAGAUAUUGUGAUGUCAAAGUGGGAUGUAGAGGGAGCGGGUAUGCGCUCUGGAUCGGAUCAGGGAUGAUUUAAUGUUGUGAGAUCUGGACAUUUGUUUUUGGAUGUCUGGUUUAAAAAUUGGGAACUUGGGCAAGGAUGCAGGUUUUUAUUUUCAUUUCUUAUUCGAAGUUGUCCUUCAGAUCUAUCGUUAAGGGAAUGUCUCGUCUCGUUGAUCAUUUUCUCCGUGUCUCAGAUCACGUCUCCGUCAUGCCGGAUGCACCGAAUUGAAAGGGUUCGAGAGAGCUACUUGGCGAAG